UGUUGCAGUCAAAUAACAAGAACAAUAAUCUGUUUGAGUCCACGGUUUUACAAGUCUUGCAAGCAAGCGAACGGUCUGAGAGUGACGUUUGAGAGUUGUCAGUGACCUCUGCAGUGCUACAAAUUAUGAAAAUCAUUUUCAUAUUCACAAUUCUCGCUCAAUUUUACUCUCAGACAAGCGAUGGUGCGGUUUUCACCGCCUUGACAAGACUACGCGAUCUUGCUUUGAUGGAAAACACGUUGGUCCAGUCCUUGCAUGAUUUCAUUUCAACAGAGAAGUCCAAACUGGAACAAGCUAUAAAAAUUGCCGAACAGGUUCAAAAUUCGUUGGGAAAAAGGAAAUUUAAUGACCCAGAUGAGAUCUAUUCCAGCCCUCUCGAAGUCUAUACUCUGUUUAAAAGAUUUGUCUAUCAAUGGAAGAAACUGGAAGACAUUGUCGCGACAAAUAAGUCAAAUGAUAUUUUACGCCAGUUGGAUGACUUCAAACCAUAUCUUCCUACCGCAGAAGAUGAUCUUUAUGGCUCAAUAUCUGCGAUAUAUUUACUGCAAGAUACGUACAACAUCACAGCGAGUGAUUUGGCCAGCGGAAAUAUUCCAGGCAGCAGCAUUAAGAAUGAAAUCCAUGCUGAUGACUGUUUUGAACUUGGUUCAUUUGCUUUGUAUUUUGGUCGUUAUCACCAUGCACGCGGUUGGCUAAACGAAGCCCUAGAACGAGUGAACAGACCCGACUAUAAUGGCAAUAUCGACAUGCCGCUCCUGCUUGAACACGCGUCCUGGGCCGAGUAUACGACGGGAAAUCUUGAAAAAGCAUUGAAACGAUGUUUGGAACUCAUAAAAAUCAGUCCAAACAACACGCGUGCUCUGGAUAACGCAGUGAGAUAUCGCCGUCAACUGAAGACUGGUUUAGUCAAAACCUACGAACAUGUCAAGGCUGAUGAGGAGAAGAUGUUGACAAAGGCGUACACGAGAACAAAACUGAGCAAAUUAUGUCGAGAAGAAAAGUUAAGAAGGUCCCAUGGUCCAGCUCGUUUCCUCAAAUGUCGCUACAAGACGGAUCAUCCAAUGUUGAAAUUCAAACCCGCGAAGGAAGAAGUGGUUUUGGUUAAGCCACGAGUCGUAAUUUAUCACGAUAUGGUCCGAGAUCAUGAUCUUGAAAAAAUCAAAAACGUCGCAAGACCUCAUCUUGAACGUUCAAAAGCAUACAAUCUUGAAACAGGAAAGCUUGAGACAGUUACUUACAGAAUCAGCGAAAGUGCUUGGAUACACGAGAGAGCCACGGAUGCCGUGAAAAUAUUCAAUCGUCGAGCCGAGGCAGUCACAGGACUGGCCGCGUCCACUGCCGAACCCUUGCAGGUGGCUAAUUAUGGAUUAGGGGGACAAUAUGAGGAGCACCAUGAUCACGGAUACCCAGACUCUCCGUUGAUAAAUCACGUGAAUGGAAACAGAAUUGCCACGAUGUUACUCUACCUCACGAGCGUUCCUUAUGGUGGAGGAACGGCUUUUACGAGACUAAAGAUCUAUGUCAGACCUGAUAAGGGUGAUGCUGUGUUUUGGUACAACCUCAAACAAUCUGGUGUCGGGGAUAACUCCACGUUCCACGCCGCUUGUCCAGUCCUCUCCGGGAUCAAAUGGGUUGGAAAUAAAUGGUUUCACUUACACGGGCAAGAGUUCAGGCGACCCUGCACGUUGAACGAAGACGAGUGAAGAUAAUUUAAUACAACUUUCAUAUUUAACUAUCCGCAACUUAAAGUAAUCAGGCUAAAGUACACAGCCUUCCUUCUGCAAAGAACAGCAAAAUAAUCGGUUCUGUAAUGGUGAUGUCCGCUUCAAACAAUACAAUCCGUUCUUUAAAUAACUCAGAGAGAAACUUCUCGUUUUGACCAGACCGGUUUUGACUUCUGGUGGAUGUUUUAUAGUCUGUUGACUUGCAAUAUAUAUGGGCAGCAAAUCAACUAAAGCCAAUGAGGUACUUCGUCGAUGAUACACUACAUUCCAUACGUCAGAAGUGAAUUGGGUCGGACAAAUUUGGAUCGUGUGAAGAGACUUUUAAGUCCAUUUGUCCAUAUUUUGCGGCAUUUUUGUAAUUUUUUAACGAUUCUUUAUAAAUAACCCUUUGUAUACAGCUGCUUCGUAAUUAUAGAGCAAAAGAGAGCUAA